AUGCGUCGCUCGAGCUCUUAUUCCUCCCUUAACGCCCCGGUGCGCACUUCCUUCUUUUCUAACCUCUCCCGCCUCCGCUUCCGCCCGCCGCACCGUCCAUCUCACACUUCCUCUGACGCCCCAUCUUCCCGUCCUACCUCCCCUAUCGCUUGCCCCAAUUUUGGCGACUAUGUUCGAGCUGAGAUGAAGCCCCAAUCCAUUCUCGACUCCUUCACUGUCUCACCCUCCCAGACAACCGCCUCCCAUACCCUUACCACCGACGGUCACACCCUACUUCCUUUUGCCCGUCGCAACCAAUGUCUAAAGUUCCUCCAAUUUGACAUGGACGGAAAUUGCACCACCCGUGUUAACACCCGCCAAGACAUCCUCGCUGAAAUUCGCAAAAGCUCACUCCCUGUCUCCAACCCUAAGCAGCGAAUCCCAAAGCGCAAACCAUCCUUCCGAGUCCACGAUCUCAAUUAUCGCCACGCUCAAGAACCUUGGCAACCCAGGCAUACGCGCGGAAGAGGUGCUCCCAGACCACGUCCCUCCAUGUACACCGCCAUGCAUACAGCACACUCACACACUGAUCGUUGCAAUGGAAACCGCCUCAGCGUUAGAGAUAUGCGGCAAAUCGACCCGGCUUUUACGGCAAAGCCUGCUAUCUGGGUCCGUGAAGAUGCAAUGGUCGUUAGUUUGGAGAGCGUCCGUGCCAUUGUACUCCAUGACAGAAUGUUUGUCUUUGACCCAGACAACGAAAAGGUCCGCAUGCCCAUCCGAUACAUCAAGAAGAGGCUUCUAAACGAAGUCGAGGAUAUUUUUCUCCCUUUUGAGUUUCGCGCCUUGGAGGGUAUCCUCAUAUACACCUGCACAGUCCUCGAAAAGGAGUUCUCUAUGAUCGAACCAGGCUUGAGGAACACCCUUUUCGACCUUCCGAAUCGAAUUGAUAGCGAAAAGUUGGAAAAAUUGCGACACCUAGAACAGCGGCUCAACCACUACUAUUCACGUGCCAGAAAGGUGCAGGCCGUUCUGCAGUCCGUCCUCGACGAGGAUGAAGACAUGGCAGACAUGUACCUCACGGAAAAAAGACGCAACCCAGAUGCCACACGGAACCCCAUUGAUCAUGAUGAAGCGGAGAUGUUGCUAGAGACGUAUCUGCAAAAUGUCGAUGAUCUCACUUCUAAAGCCGGCCUUCUUAAUACUGCCAUUGAUGACACGGAGAAUUUGGUUGAGAUUCAUCUUGACACCAUGCAAAACCGGCUGCUAUUGGUUGACUUAAUUAUCACUGUGAUUGUGACCCUUCUAUCAUUUGCUACCAUGGUCACAGCGCUAUUUGGAAUGAACAUACCUUUGCCAGUUGGUAUGUCACAGCUACCGACGAGCCAAUAUUACUUUUACGGAUGGGUCGCCCUCAUGCUCCUUGUCAUGACCGUGGGACUCGUCGUCCUAGUCCGAUGGUUCCGGCGACAAGGCAUCUAUCAAGGGCGAAUCCACAAAACCGCGCGAAGGUUGAGAGAGGGGCAGCCUGCUGCGGCUGUUCGCGCGAGUGAAGAAACGAGACAGCAGACAGAGGCCAUACUCUCCAAGAAGCAAGGGUUACGAUCUUUUCGACGAUUCAAUAUCACGGCCCCCGUGGACGGAUUAGAAGAACAGCGCCAUAGAUCAUAG